UAAGGUUCACGUCGACCCACGUCGCUCUUGACUUGCUGUCGCAGUUUCUGAUCUAGGUCCAGGCCUUCAUUCGGUUCUUUCAGUGGAAAUGAUGAUUGAUACCCUUUAAUCCCGCCUUUCAGAUUAUGAUGGAGGCCCUCCAUCCUAAUGUAGACAGAAAUAUAGAGCUUAAUUACUGAUGAUGAACGCCACUGUGCAUAUAUAUCCCGGUGUGAAAAUUCCGUCUAGAAAUUAAGGCAUAAAGAAAAAAUUAAAGUGGAGGAAUCACUUUGCAAAUAUUUGGAAAAUAUAUCUCCGUAUUUUCCCCUUUUUUUGAAUAGAAGAAGCAUAGGUAACAGUGAGUGAAUAUCGCUAAAAAAUGCGUCAGCUUAUCAAGUUGUCAAUACGGAAGAACUAGAUUAGACUCUGAGGAGUUUUGAAGAUUUUUUUUCUUUUUUGACGUCGGUACUUUCAUUCAUAAAAUUUCACCUUGCAUCUCCUGAAAACGGUCCAUAAAAUUGCCACAAAUAUAGAUUAUCGGAUUUAUCUAAGUCGGGAGCCGUUCUUCUUCCAUAGAGACAAAGGUUUAACCUGCUACCUGCAUGGGUUAAUCAACAAUAUAUCUGAAGACAAUUUCUAAUGAAGGCUUAAGGAAAGUCACCUAAAUGCUUGUAAAGUCAAUCGUAUGACGAGGUUAACUAAAUAGCAUGCCUUCCGUAUUCUCCGUUCGCCGAAUUACAUGGCCUGUUAUAGCUUUAACCAUGUCAUGUUAAGUCUUCAAAUGCACUUGGUUAGAAAUAUAAAUCCCCAUGAGGCGAUCCAUGAUUUAAGAGCAUAACAACACCACAAUGUGCUUACAUCUUAAUGAAUAACACGGAGAAAAAGAAAAGGUAGAAUAUCUGUGAGGAAAUGAUUGUCCUGAAGGAGAUAUAAUUAGGCUUAGUGUAAGAAUAUCUAAAUAGAAAUUACUCGGACCAUGAUCAUUAAAAGGGGUCGUAAAAGUUGGUUUUAUCUGUCCAGAGGUAGUACACUUUUGCUGCUAGUGUGCCUGUGGUUGUCCAUUGGCUUAGUCCUAUCGGGCUGCCCCAAGGUCUGUGAGUGUAAAUGGCGGGAUGGAAAAGAGGUGGUUGCCUGCCGAGAUGCCCAUUUUAUUGACAUCCCUCGAGGAUUAGAUCCCUCUACUCAAGUACUUGAUCUUCGGCACAAUAAUCUGAGGAUAUUACCGAAAGAUUCCUUUGUAUAUACAGGACUGGUGAAUCUCCAGAAAGUCUGGCUUAGUUUCUGUAAUCUGAUGAGAGUAGAGGAUGGGGCCUUUCGCAAGUUGAUGAAUGUAGUUGAACUAGAUCUGAGCAAUAAUUACCUGAAAUCAGUACCGACAAAGGCGCUAAUGGAUAUGGGAGGCCUUCGUGAAUUUAGAAUUGCUCAUAACUCUCUCACAAUCAUAUCUUCCACUGCUUUUUUACCUACCCCUGAACUUGUACAGUUAGAUAUUAGUCAUAACAAGAUAACUGUAAUAGAACCCGGGGCUUUGCGACAUUUGAUUUAUCUUGAAGUCCUUGACAUAUCCGAAAACAAAAUCAUCACUCUCUCAGUCAGCGAGAUGAUACCGCUAACAGUUCUACGAGUCAUGAACCUAGAUGGCAACAAUUGGCACUGUGACUGCCACCUAAAAGCAUUAAAGAAAUGGCUAGAUGACUAUGAAGUAACCCCCACUAUACCACCAGCGUGUUCACAUCCUAGAUGGCUAAUGGGCCAGGCUUGGCAGAUAUUAGACCCAGAUGAGUUUGUCUGUGCUCCUCAAGUAACUGCUGCUGCACCAAGAGUACUUGCUUCUGAAGGAGAGAAUGUUACACUAGUCUGUCAAGUUAAAUCUGAGGUUGAAACUACUAUAACGUGGUUAGCAGGAGAUAGUGCAAUACAAAAUACUAACGAAUCUCUAAGAUACUUUAUAUUUGAAGUAGCCCUACCUGAUUACAAUUCUUAUAUUUCCAAUCUGACAAUGACAGGUGUAGUUCCUGAAGAUCAAGGUACAUAUCGAUGUGUAGCAGAAAACAGAGCAGGGUAUAGAGAAGUCAACCUAACCCUUCAAGUAUCUCACGAAGUUGCUGAAGUGAGGGUGGCUAAUGUUGAGCCAACUACAUAUGUUAAAAGUGGUCUGGUCAUGGGCAUAUCGAUUGCUGCAUUUGUUUUUAUCAUUAUGUGUAGUCUUCUAUAUUGUAAAUUACGUAGUGGUGGACAAUCAGAACAACACGAGGAAGAAAAACCUGCCAUUCCUCAGACCUCAAGAGCAUCUGACUCAGAUGUCCAUAGCAUGGCAGGUUAUCAUAUUGUUCCAACCAAUGAACUUGAUGAUCCACCACCGCCAAGAUCUCAACCUCAACAGCCAUGGAUGGUCAGAAGGGGAGGAGGUAGUAGUGGUGGGGGAACCCCGCGUUUAGAUAAAAGCUCUGGUCACCAUAAAGAUCAUAGCCAAACAAUGAAUGUGCCCACAUCAGCUCCUAGUAGCGUUUCAUAUGUAGAGAUUCCCAAAUCAGGAAUUGGGGCAGCAAGAACGACUUUGGAAGAUCGAGCACGGUGGAAGGAUGUUAUAGUCCAUAGUAAAGAUAUCCUCCCACAGUCUUCUUGUGCGCGAUCAGGGUCUCAAGUUUCUUUAGGUAGUUCAAAUCCAUACCCAGAUCUACUGGACCUGCCCAGACAACAAGGGCAAGAAGUUCAUGGGCAAGGGAACUUCCCUCUUCAUACAUUGAAUCCUUCUUAUUGCACAAUGCCAAGAACGCGAUCCAAAAACCAUGGGGACUCCAGCACAGUGGCUGCUACCAGUCUAGAUGGACCAAGUGAUUCCAUGGCUCAAUCGUCUUUUAACAAUACUCACGACUCAGCUUUCAGGUCUUCCAGCGCUCUCAAUUUGGCUCUGAGCGAAGCAGCCUCCCACGCUUACGCCCAAGGUCACAUCCCUCUUAGAGGUCAUCCGCUAUUGCCUGGGGCGCCUGGUCUAGAAUCCCAUGAUCCACAGGCAUUGCAAGAACUGAUUGCUUCUCAAAGAGGUGGCAGCUGUGCUGAAUCCAGCGAGCAGGGAUGCGGUCAGAUGAACGGCCAAGAUCCCUACCGUUUCGAGUAUCACGCAGCCCAGCUGGAAAAGUUCUUGCAAGAAUAUCGGUCGCUGCAACAACAGCUGCUCAUGAUGAAGCAGUCAUAUCAAGCCACUCAUAGGACGGGCUCGGCCCCAAGGCUUGACUGCUGUACAGAAAAUCGACUGAGCCCACCGCAAGGGAUAUUGCAGCCAGCCACCACCAGCAGCUACCCCAACAGCCAGCCCUUCGGUGCCCCUCAUCAAACAAACGCCCCGAUAUCCCAGCCUUACACCACCUCUUCCCAGAUCCCCACAGUAGUUCCCCCUGAGGCGUACACAACCGUCUCGCCGCAGCCGUUCGUCUCUCUAUCGCAGUCGGCCGUGCAGUACACGGCCUCACCGGACUCCCAGAGAGCGGCGUCCGGAAAUCCUUACCCCGAUUCCUCCCAGUGCUACGUAGUCCCAUCGCAGUCCUACGCCGCAGGACCCCAACCCUACCCCGACCCUUGUCUGACCUUCGCCUCACCGCCAGUACCUUACGCUCCUUCGCUCCCUCAGUGCCAUCCGGCGAAUGCUCAGUCUUACACGGUCCCUCUACAGAUAGUCACAUCAGGGGACAUGGGUGGAGGUGGAGGUGGAGGAGGCGGAUCUGGAGGAGGAGGGGUAGGGGGAGGAGGAGGAGGAGGGGAAGGGUCUCCGAGCGUGUGUCAUUCCUCACCACGUUGCUCAGAAUCGUCGGUGUCUCCUCCCACGGUGACCUUUCCGCCUGGGAAUGAGCAGCACGUCAAACCCCAAAUGCUCAAUAAAGGUGCUCCUCCAACCGAACCCCUCAAGUCCAUCCUGAAGAAGACCACUCCUUCGUCGUCCUCCUCCUCCCCCUCUGAGGCGACGGGAAAGGUGCAGCAAGGCAGACAGCACCAGCAGCAGGCGCAGCAACAGCAUAAACAGCAGCAGCAGCUGCAUCAUCCUCAGUCGAAAAAACAGCAAAUGAGUUGUCAGUGGAAGAGCUGAUCUUUUACUGAGGAUUAUUCAUAAAAAAUCAUUUUAAGCCGGCUGUUUUUUACAGCUUCGACGCCUAACUUCUCUGAAAAAGGAAAGGGGAAGAGAGAGAGAGACAGAGAGAAAAUCAAAGAGGCCGGGGCAGGGAUCAGGCCCAUUCCGAACUUGAUGUUCUUCUGGACAAUCGCGAGAACACUCCAGUGGCUCCAGCUAUCGACCUCCUCUGCUGCGUCAGUUCGCCAGUGAUUCAAGGUCCCGUAAAGCGGCUAUAUUAGUCGAAAAUGUUUCAAUGGUCGGGCCAACCGUGCUACUCCUGUUUCUGUGGAACUGGUAACAAUCGAAAAAAUAAUUUAUGGUGUAACGAUGGACUUGUUUCAAGUUUUCAGUGGAGUUCUAUUAUAUCAUGUGUGAUUGCAUGUAUGGAUACUUCUGUAUGUUUUCAACU